ACUUCAGUCAUCUGAGGACAGGCUGUGUUUUUCUCUCUGCAGGUCUUUUUUUUUUUUUUUUUUUUUUGAUGCAGCGAGAGGCGUGCCGAGCCGGGUCGGGCCGGGCCGGACCAGGAUCGACUCAUAGGCUUCAUGUGAUCCUGCAGGGAGGUGUUUGGCUAAAAGGACUUUUUCCCAACAGCAGGCUGCAGCAGCAUUCCCACAGCUGAGCGCCUCUCACGAAGCCUCGCCUCUCUUCUCUCUUCUCUCGCUGCACAUUUGGGAUUUUAACAUCACUUGUGCGGCUCAUUCCGGACAGUGACGCGCUGCAGAUCCGAACGAUGGGAGACGCUCAGUCUGCGCAGAGGGAGGGCAAGAAGGAUGCAGCAGCUGAGGAGGAGAGCGGAAAAGUGGAUGAUGCUCUGACCGAGCAGGCUGCUGAAGACAAGCCUCUCAAAAACACUGGGCAGAUCUCUGAGCUCAAUGGGAAAGCAGACGGCUCUAUAGCAGAAGUUAAUGGUCACUGUAAGGAUGAGAUUGCAGCUGAGGCGAUCCUUACGCCAGACGAAGAUGUUUCAGAAACAGAAAAGCCUCUUCAGGAAGAAGUAAAGCCAUUAGAAAAUGUUGAAAUUAAUGAAAAGACAUCACCUGAUGAAGCUGACGCUAAUGAAGACGUGCCCCUGGAAAUGACUGAAAUGGAUGCCAAGCAGAAUGACAUCAACGAUGGUUUCAGAAAAUUUUUCAGUAACAUUGGUUUGAAAUUAACGGUAAAGAGGGGCUCCGUUGAUACAGCAACAGAUGUGCCUGAAAAAACCAACAAGGAAGAAGCAAGCAUACCAGAAGAGGUCGAGGAUGCUGCAAAGGAGUCCAAAAGUGAGACUGCUGAACAGAACACUGAUGUGAACAUAGCGCAGGAGACUUACGACAAUGAUUCAACAACAUGUCCUACUAUGACAGACGCUACAUCGGAAGAUGUUGUAGAAAACGCAGAGGAGAAAACAACGGAAACCAAAGAAGAAGUUGAAUCUCAUGAUGCAGAUGCAGCAACAUCAUCUGUGGGCGAAGAUGCACACCAGGAAGCCACACCUGAAGAAGAGCCACAGGAAACAUCUCCGUCUGAUGCUGAUGUAGAUGCGGUAUCUCCAAUUAAGAGAUUUUUUACGACUGGAAUAUUUUCUGGACUGGGAAAAAAGAAAAAGAGACCCGCAGAAGAUGAGACAACUGAGAAAGAACUCGUAGACAUGGGAAAAAAGGAAGUCACAGAGACAACAGAACAAUCUGCAGAAGACCAACAACAGGACAAAGAGGAGUUUACUCUAGGUGUAGAGGCAGAUGCAGUUGAGGCAGAGCAUGAAGAAAAUGAACUUAAAGAGGAGAUCGCAUCAGCCCAGGUGAAAGAUGAAGGAAAAUCUUCUUCCAGGGAUCUUUCAGAAAUGAGUCCUCAAGAGAAGGAAAAAGUUCAAUCAAGUCCUCUAAAAAGGCUGCUGUCAGGUUCUAGUUUCAAGAAACUCCCCAAAAAGCAAAGAAGCAGGAGGUCAAGUGAUACAAAGCUGUCCAACUCUGGAGAACAUGUUUCAGAUCAGCUCCUGUCGUCUACCGAGUCGGCUGAGAAUCGAAAGCAAGAAAGUCCUGAACAACCCUCUGCAGAGGCAGGAGAGGAGGAUGGUGCAUGGGCUUCCUUCAAAAAACUUAUGACUCCGAAAAAACGUGUGAAGAGAUCCUCCUUGACCAAUGAAGACACACAAAUCUCAGUUCCAGUGGAACCUAAACCAAGCGAAGGAGAGCAAAUAUCAGAUCACAGCACAGAGGAAGGCAAAAAAAGGAAGGACUCAUCAGUUUCAUGGGAAGCUGUUUUGUGUGGAUCUGGAAGAAGAAGAAGCCGUAAAACAUCUGACUCCGAGGAUGAAACACCUCAAAUUGAUAACACUGAUCACAAACAAGGUGGUGGAUCUAAACAUGGCGCAGAAUCUCCCCUAGAAGGUUCAAAUGAGCAAGAUGUUAUCGCCUCGUCACCCAAACAAGCAGGAAGUCCUUCAGAGAGUGAUGGAGGGUCAACAUGGAACUCUCUGAAAAGACUUGUCACCCCAAAACGGAAAGCCAAGGAUGAGGAUGAUGGCAAAGAAAUCAUUCAGUCUGAUAGUGAAGUUACUCAGGACGAGUCAUCCUUUUCGUUAAAGAAACUCCUGCCAGGACGAAAAAAGAGGAAGUCUGCUGAAAAGCAAGACCGAGCAUCUUCAGAUGAGGCGGACAGGGACGUAGCUUCAGGUGAUGAAGACUCUGAGACACCAGCUGUUGUUCCAAUGUCUGAGUUUGAUACAGUUGAGACAGAAGUUCACAUACAAACACAGGCAGACAUAGAAAGUCACAUACCUGAGGAAGCAAGCUAUGAACUCCAAAAAGACCUUCCUGAUCAGACGGCAGAACCAGUCCUACCUUGUGAAAGUCUGCAAACUGAAGCAAACGCAGUCCCGGACCAUUAUGCUGCUUUAGAAAAACAGGUACCUGCAGCCCCUGCUGCAAACACAGAACCAGAUGACGAAACAGAAUCUACCACUAGUCAUCCACAACUCAGUGACAUUCCAGAGGAGGGCAUAAUCACAGACACCAUGGUCACUCCAGCUUCAGUCGCUGGGGAGGCAGCUAGAGAUGACACUUUAGCAGAGGACCUGAUAGAGAUCACAUCCGAGGCCAUUACUGCACCAGAGCCCGUCUCAGGCAUUACUCUUGCAGAUGAAACUGAGAUGAUCUCUGCCGUUUCCCAGUUAUCUUCAGAGUCCUCAAAAACAUCUGGUAACACAACACCAGUCCCAGCAGAAUAUGAGGUUGAGGAAACCGAUGCACUCCUGUAUCAGGUUGUUGAAACCAUCUCAAUAAGCCCAAAGUCAGUCCCGGUUUGUUCAGAUAAGCCAAGAUCUGAACAAAUAGUUGGUUCUGCCUCUAAUCAAAUACUGGAAAAAUAUGAAAUAGAAGAGCCAACAAUUCUGGAAAUACACAAGAAGUUAGAUGCAGGUCUAAAUGUUGAGGAACUGGAUGCAAUUAAUGAACUUGCAACUACCUCCCAAACAGAGAGCACAUCUGAAGUUGUGUCUGAAGUUACUACUGAGGAGUUUAACACUGCUGAAAUUCCUGUGGAUGAAAAACAAGGGGUCAGUGUUACACAUCCAGAAGAAAGCGUGAAAGAAUGUGAACAGAUUGAUGAGAGCCAUCAUCAGGUGGAAGGCCUAUCUGAGAUGGACGCUGCUGUACCUACAGAUACAUUGAUGAAAAUAAAUGAAUCAUCAGCUGUACAAGGCGACAUAUUGGAUUCAGAGGAGGGUGUUGUUCGAUCACAAGAAGAAAUCUCAGAGGACAUACUGGCAGCAGAAACUGUUACCGAUGAACUCAAAGAGGAAACAGAGCCAGGUGAGGAAGACGAACAAGUACAGGAUGCUGCCAAAAUGGAACAAGUUCAAGUACCUGAAGAAUUAGAAGCUGUGCAAGCCUCCACAUUAGAAUCAGAGGAGACUAGUGUUCAAUCACCAGAGGAGGAGGUAAAAUCAGAGGACAGUCCACCUGCAGAAACAGUUACAGACGAACCCAAACAGACAGCAGAGCAUCUAACUGAAGUCAGUGUCGAGCCAGAAAACAAAGAACUGCCAGUGAAAGCUGUCAGAACUGAACAUGUUGAAGAACCGCAAGUGUUAGAGGCUGUUCAAGAACCCAUAUUAGAUUCAGUGGAUGGCAGUGUUCAGUCACUUGAAAAAGAAGCAAUAGUGGACCUUCCCAAAGCAGAAACAGUCACAUGUGAACCAAAACACGAAACAGUACCUCUCAAUGAGCCAGUGGAUGCUUCCAAAACUGAUGAUGUUCAAGAACCGGAAGUAUUACAAGCUGUACAAGCCCCAGUAUCAGAAGAAAAACUACCAGUGGAACUUGCCAAAUCUGAACAUAUUCAGGAACAAGUAUUAGAAUCUGUCCAAGCCUCCACAUUAGAUUCAGAGGUUAGCAGUGUUAAAUCACUCGAAAAAGAGGUAAUAUCAGCAGAUGUUCCAGAGGCUGAAACAGUAAUAGAUGAGCCCAAAGAAGAAAAGAUACCUCUGACAGAGGCAGAGGAUGUUUCCAAAACUGAAGAUGUUCAAGAACCGGAAGUGUUACAAGCUGUACAAACAGCCAUAUCCAAUGCCGGCAGCCUUCUAUCAUUUGAAAAGGAAGAAACAUCAGAGGAUAUUCCAGCAGAGGAAACGGUUACAGACGAACUGAAACAGGAAGCCGAAGUCGAGGUUGAGCCAGAAGAAAAACUAACAUUAGAAGUUGCCAAAUCUGAACAUAUGCAGGAACCACAAGAAUUAGAAGCUGUCCAAGCCUCCACGUUAGAUUCAGAGGAUAGCAGUGUUGAAAAAGAGGUAAUAUCAGUGGAUGUUCCAGAGGCUGAAACAGUAACAGAUGAACCAAAAGAAGAAAAAAUACCUCUGACAGAGCCAGAGGAUGUUUCCAAAACUGAAGAUGUUCAGGAACCAGAAGUGUUACAAGCUGUAGGAACACCCACACCCGACACUGGUGGCUUCCCAUCACUUGAGAAGGAACAAACAUCUGAGGAAAUUCCAGCAGAGGAAACGGUUACGGAUGAACCGAAACAGGAAGCCGAAGUCGAGGUUGAGCCAGAAGAAAAACUAACAUUGGAAGUUGCCAAAUCUGAACAUAUUCAGGAACCACAAGUAUUAGAAUCUGUCCAAGCCUCCACAUUAGAUUCAGAGGAUAGCAGUGUUAUAUCACUUGAAAAAGAGGUAAUAUCAGCGGACGUUCCAGAGGCUGAAACAGUAAAAGAUGAGCCCAAAGAAGAAAAGAUACCUCUGACAGAGCCAGAGGAUGAUUCCAAAACUGAAGACGUUCAAGAACCAGAAGUGUUACAAGCCGUACAAACAGCCACAUCCGACGCUGGUGACUUCCCAUCACUUGAAAAGGAAGAAACAUCAGAGGAUAUUCCAGCAGAGGAAACGGUUACGGAUGAACCGAACCUAGAAGCUAAAGUCGAGGUUGAGCCAGAAGAAAAACUAACUUUGGAAGUUGCCAAAACUGAAGAAGAAGAACACAAAGUAUUACCAUCUAAUGUAAAAGAGACCAAAACUAAGGAAGUGGUAUUACAGUCACAUACAGUCACAGAGGAAGAAACGUUGUCAGAGGACAUUCCCAAACCAGACGCUGACAAUUUAAUUGCUUCUGUCGCAGAUGAAAUCGAGAGCAAAGUCUUGCCACAACUGGAUCAGGCUUUAGAGAAAACAGAGGAUCAAGAAACUGAAAGUAUUUCGAAAGAUGUUCAGGUGGAGCAGGAGGACAGCAUCCCUGAGGGUGUAGAUGAAUUACAAACAGCAGUUCAAGUAUCCUCUGUCACUGAGGAGGCAAGUAAUGUUCAAGACCUGGGAAAAACAGUAUUUUCUGGAGAAACCGCAGCACUCUGUGUUACAGAGGAACCCAAACAUGGUAUGCAGCUUAGUGAAGUGCAGGAAAGUGUUGAGGAGGGAAUAGAAAGCAAAAUUCCGGACAGCGAGAUAAAGACUGCAGAAGUUGAACCUGCCUUAGUGGCUCCAGUCGUUGUUUGUGAUCUAAAAGGUGUCUUGGUUGCAGUAACCGAUGUUUUGAUAGAGAAAACUUCAGAAAUGACUGAACCCUUGAAAGAGACAAUUGCAAGUGAGGUAGUGCUGAAGGAGGAAGUCGAGGCUGCUGUGCCGCUGGGAAAAGAAGAUAUGGCUGAGACAACAGGGGAGGUUGAAAUGAUGCAUGUGCCAUCAGUAACGCUUGAGGAGGAUCAUAGGAGUCAAGUUCAGGUGGUCGAUGCUGAUACAAAAUCCGCAGAGACAGAGGGAGGGGUAACUGACACCGAGGAAGUCACAGAUGUUUGUAAUGAAAUGGGUAAAAAUGUAGACAAUCUCUCCGCAGCUCCAGAGGUUGAAGAGGAAUUAAUUCAUGAGGAACACAAGGUGACAAUUCAAGAAGUUACUCAACAUGUUGAAGAGGAAUUACCAGAGACAGAGCCUGAAUCAGUGGUUGCAAACCUCGAACAAGAAGUGAUUGAACAGCCGCUUGCCGUGACGAAAAUAAGCGAGAUGGCUGAAAGUGAAUCAAAUGAUGUGGAGGAUCAAACGGCAGCGGAGGAAAGUAUAGAAUCAUCCAGAGAUCGACAGGAUGAAGCAACUGCUGUAAUCAGUGAUGAGUCUGCAACAGAAGCGCAGGUGUCGAAGGAUCUCAUGCAGACCCCUGAUCUUCCAGAGAGUUUAGAUGCUUCUAUCCAUGAUCACAAAGAGGAUCUGGAGCAAACUGAAGCCGAACAGGGAAAACUGCAAGUAGGCAUCCCAGGCAAAGAGGUCAAAUCGUCAUCAGAGGAAGCACAAAUUAUGCAAGUUUCUCAAAGUACGAUUGUUUCGCCUAGCAACACUGGAUUGGUCAUCCCACAAAACACAGGAAUCAUCUCGUCAGUAGGUAAUGUGGAGUCCCCGUCAAGUCUUUCUUUAGAAUUCAAACUUAACAUACAGUUCGGGCAAGCAAAGGCACCAUUUUCCCCACCACCUGCAACAGAGAGAAUUGCACCUGUGAAUCAGACAGCCGUGCCCGAUGCAGAAGAACCCGUAAAACCAAUAAAUCCAACUCAAACACCGGAGAGCCAGAAACAGACCGAGUUAACUAGCGUUGGUGUUCAGGCAGUAGAAAUCACAGAAGCAACGGCAAAGUUAGAUUCAAAUGAAAAUGGCGUGAUUAUGCCUCAACCCGUACUGCAGGGUGUCGGCAUCCAAGUGAUGGAAACAGUUCAACCAGUGGAACAAAUUGAAUCAACAGAGACAGUAACCUGCAGUGUUCAGGCCACAGAAACAAUACAUCCAAUAAGACCAACAGAGCAAAGAGAAGUCUUUGUGAGUCAGGAAGUACUCUGCAAAGAUCAUGACCAAGAAACAAAGGAAGAAGAGCCGGUCAAAAAAAUCGAGGAGGAAAAUGACCAGGAUGUGUGGAUGGAUGCUGAGGAAGUCAUCUACACCCAAGAGAAAACAGAGGUGUUCCUUGAGGUGAACGAACCUCUAGAACCUCAGACAGGAAGUGACCAAGAGGAAGAGACAGGACUUGGACGCGAGGCUGAAAUGGCUCCUGAUUCCAAAACGGCAGAAGAAGAGAGUCUACAGGAAAUGCAAAAAACAGAAGGAAAUUGUGAUGUCGAGAGUGAAGGUGAGGACUUUGCUGUUGCGCUUGAAGACCUGGAACCUGCAAGCGUGAGCGUCACUACGAUGGACUUUGAUUAAUUUCAAUCUCAACUUCAGUGUCACUAACUGGUUCGGACAAAUCAAAACGGAAGUCCCUCAAGUUUUUCAGAAGUUUCCAAAAAGCCAUUAGUGUGUGUGUGAUGAAUGACAGAGAUCUGGCAAGAGAAGCAUCAACUGGAAAAGUGAUAAUCUUCUCAGGGGAACGCCUUGUUUGAACUACGAGUGAACUACAUCCAUUAGGCAAUGACGUCUUUUAAUACAUCUGAGUGGUUUGCUAUAUUGUGCAAUUUUUAUUAGUAAUCCUGCCAGGUCUUGUGUAUCAUAAGUGAUGUUUUUUUGCACAGAUCUAACCGGAUCUGUUUUGAUAGACUGCAGAUUUCUGAGAGAGAAAGAUGGCAGUUUUGUUAAGUAUUAUCCUUAAAACACAUUUCUGGAUGAUUUCUUUUGCUUUUUCAGAAGCAACAUUCACUCAUCUCGGCCCAAGAGGAUGUUUCUGGUUUAUCAGUUUAUGUAGAUAUUUCACCACUGUGACAAUACAUCAUCUGUGUCCAUAAACUCUUCUGUCAUUCUGUACUUGUUUCAUCAUUUCAUUUAAAUACAUGCUCUCACGGGAUCUAUGCAGAUAAAAAUAAUACGCAGAAUUAAGCAUGCUAUUAUUACUGUAUAUUAUCUUGUACAUAAUGACAGUUUUAAUGCUUAUACAGGCAAGAAAAAAGUUCUCAUUUUGAGUCUGCAAUACUUUCUACUCAGACAGGUUUUCAAAUAAGUGCAUGACAAUCGCAUGGCACGUCUUUGUUUUUUUGUUUUUAAAGUAAGAAUUCACUUAUUUUGAUUCUAUGUUAACUUAAUCUUUACAUAUAUAAUUAUAAUCAGCAAAGCCUUAAACUUCAGCAAUCAUGGCAGCUUUACAUGUGCAUUUAUUUCCAAGCCUUAAGCCUCAAUGAGCUGGCACUAUCACUGAUACAACAGACUCGGUAAGCAAGUGUGUGUGUAGGGUGAGAGGAAAAAAUAAGGUUUUCACAGGCUGUUGUGCUGCUGUUUGUCCUCUUCGAAUUAUUUUCACAUAUACUGACUUUUAUGAAGAAUUCUUCCUGAUCUGUGUAUAUGUCCACUGAUGGCAACAUGCAGAAUAUAAACCUGAGUUACCUGUGUUUAUAUAUUUACAUAUAUAUAUAUAUACAUAUAUAUAUUUACCAAUGUUUAUUAAUAAAACAUAAUUUUAUUUGAAUAAAUUCAUACUUGUAUGUACA